UUUCGCGCGAAAGUCCUAAGGUUAAUCACAAUGGGAAUUCACGGCCUAGCAAAGUUAAUAGCGGAUCAGGCGCCGUCGGCCAUCAAGGAACAAGAUAUUAAAAAUUAUUUUGGACGGAGGAUCGCUAUUGACGCGUCCAUGUGUAUUUACCAGUUUUUGAUUGCUGUCAGACAAGAUGGUAACGUUUUGCAGAACGAAGAUGGAGAGACAACGAGCCACCUCAUGGGCAUGUUUUAUAGGACGAUCCGAAUGUUGGAUAAUGGCAUCAAACCCGUGUACGUGUUUGAUGGGAAGCCCCCGCAGCUCAAAUCGGGAGAGUUAGAGAAGAGAGGGGAAAGAAGAGCUGAAGCUGAAAAACUGCUCGCUCAGGCUCAAGAAACAGGUGAACAGGAGAACAUUGAUAAGUUCAGCAAACGUCUUGUGAAGGUCACCAAGCAACACAAUGAGGAGUGCAAAAACCUUCUCAAACUAAUGGGAGUGCCCUAUAUUGAGGCCCCAUGUGAAGCAGAGGCCAGCUGUGCGGCUCUAGUAAAGGCGGGAAAAGUGUUUGCCACGGCAACAGAAGAUAUGGAUGGCUUAACCUUUGGAACGAAUGUUCUGUUGAGACACUUGACUGCAAGUGAAGCUAAGAAACUUCCCAUCCAGGAGUUUCAUUUCAAUCGCAUUCUUCAGGAUAUGGGCAUGACACAUCAACAGUUCAUAGACUUAUGUAUCUUAUUGGGUUGUGACUAUUGUGGAACUAUCAAAGGAAUUGGACCCAAGAGAGCUAUAGACCUGAUCAGACAACAUGGUUCUAUUGAAGAAAUCCUAGAGAACAUUGACCAAUCUAAACACCCUGCCCCAGAGGACUGGCUGUACAAGGAGGCACGAGGGUUGUUUUUGGAGCCCGAGGUGGUGGACUGCUCCACUGUGGAACUGAAGUGGAACGAACCUGAUGAGGAAGGACUGGUACAGUUCAUGUGUGCCGAGAAACAGUUCAGUGAGGACCGUAUCCGUAAUGGGUCUAAGAAGAUUAUGAAGAGCAGGCAGGGCAGCACUCAAGGGAGGCUGGACUCGUUUUUUACCGUGACGGGAUCUCUCUCCUCCAAACGCAAGGAGCCAGAAGUGAAGGGUUCAGCAAAGAAGAAACAGAAGACGAGUGCAACCCCAGGCAAAUUCAAGAAGGGUAAAUGAAAAUGUAAAAAGUGGACGUGGUUUACGACAUAAGGAUCAGUAACUGAGCUUUGCUGUAUGAAUACAACUGGGAACCAAACAAUACCGCAAGUUAUUUUAAAUAAGGUAGAUCAUUUGAUUUGCCUUGAAAAGAGAGGAAAAAAAACGAAACUGUUUAAAAUUACUUGAUUCAUAUUUUGAAAUUCAUUGACUAGGUGAACACUGGGGAAAUCUGUGAUGCCGAGGUAUCUGGCCCUUAAAAUGCGCUUCGGUCAGUGUUGUUAAGAGAUAUUAAGACUUUAAAGACAAUUGUCUUGGCAUAGAUUGCAUGUGUACUGUGUAAAUUAUCAUUUUUUUCCUCAUAGGAUAGUUCUCUACAGAACAAUGGAACAAUAAAUGUCAUAAAUACGUUCCAUGAGGUAGUGUAACUUCCAUCUUUCCAUCUUUUGUAUAUUUUACUCCACUCCAGACCAGUUUGACUAAAGAAGCGAUGAAAUGUAAAACCACAGCCAAGAAUUUGUUUUAUUUGGGUAUUUCCCAACAAUGUUUUAUUAACUUGGAGUAAUGUUAUGUAUUCAUUCCCACAUUUUAAGUACUUAAAUAAAUGAAGUGAAUGGUA